AUGGUCCAACAAAGGGAAGAAACACUUCAGCAACAGUCUCCGAGACUACAGGAGCGACUUGACGAGCAGUUCGAGAUUCGCGACCGAGCCCUUAGGCAAGAAUUCGGCAGGGUCCACGAAAGGAUUGGCGAUCUAAUAAAGGACAAUGAGGCUCGGGACAAGGGCAUCAAGAGGGAGUUCCGCAAUGUUUAUGAGAAGAUGGACCAAAUAUCGCAGAAGCUUGACAAGAUUGACACCUUGGAAACAUCAUUUGCGAUCUUCGAAGCAACAUUUGCGAAUUUCAAGGUGGCCCACCUUAACCAAAGGAUACAAGCCAUCCCUGUGUACGACUCCUUUCAUCAACCAGUCCCAGUUCCAAAGUGUUUUCCCAAAACGGCUCUUAGACUCUAUCGACUGCAAGAUCGGAAGAACUGGAACCAAUUGAAGACACUGCUCAAGCAUUACAAUCUCGAGAAAGCGACCAUUCGGCUCGUCGACCGUGGAGAGCUUUACGACUCCUCCGAUUCGGAUAGUGAUUCCGACACUUCGUCCCGUUUUCACUCUAUUGACGGGGAACUUGACCGGGCUAUUGAGUCUAAUCCGUUUGCCGCCAUGUGUUCGCUGGGCCGUCAUCUUGGCGUGGAUACAGACGCUCUCCAUGAUCGGAUCACGCAGCUCGAGUUUCAACAGAAGAAAGGCACGGUCGCCAAACGCCCCGCCGAAGACGCGGGAAGUGUUCGGAAGAUGAUACGCGACUUGGUUACAGGCGCGCUGCAGCCUGGUUCGUUCACGAGAGCAGAGCCGCUUCUUGAUGAUGACUCUGAAGGGAAACAUACCAAACUGGAAUGGGAGGUCGACUCAGAGAAGUUCAAACGGGAAACGGCUCAUCUUCGCCUUCGUGACACCGAGGUCUCGCCCCGCCCAGCCAGCGCCAAAGACAGCCGGGGAAGUCGCCAACAGAAGGAUUUGGAGGUCCGCUCACAUCAGUCCAAGGGCAGUCUGUCGCCGACCGAGAAGAUGACCACAUCAAGCAACCAAUCAGAGGGCCAUUAG